AAGAAACGUGACGCUAACGCCGAGGCUCGGCCUUCCUUCUAAUUCCACCAUUCCACGCAGCAACGUACCAAACGAAAGCCCACUCGCAGACUCGCUCCCAUACCCCUCGUGCUCUCGACACGACACGAUGGCCGCGACGGUGCCCUCGCCCUCCCGCAACCGCACUGAGGGACCUCCCUUGGAGGAGGAGGCGGCGAGGGACUGGGCGGGGCUGCCGUGGGACGCGCUGCUGGCCGUGCUCCAUAGGCUGGACCACGUCGACGUCCUCAUGGGGGCCGGCCAAGUGUGCACCCCCUGGCGCCUGGCGGCGCGGAACGAGCCGGAGCUGUGGCGCCGCGUCGAGGUGCGCUCCCACGCCGAUCGCCGAUCUCACGUGGCGGCGCCGUCCAGCACCAGACGCCACUCCUCCGCCGUCCUCUGUGGGCUGGCGCGCGCCGCCGUGAGGCGCGCCGCGGGGCAGUGCGAGGCCUUCUGCGGCGAGGGCGCCGUGGACGACAGCGUCCUCUCCCUCCUCGCCGACGCGGCGCCCUCGCUGAAGAUCCUCCGGAUCAUCUCCGGCGACAGGAUAGUCGACGAGAGGCUCAGCCUCACCAUCACGAACUUCACCCUGCUGGAGGAGCUGGAGCUGUCUCUUUGCACCGACGUCUACCCGGGGACGUGCGAGGCCGUCGGCAGCGCCUGCCCUCUCCUCAAGCGCUUCCGUCUGAGCAAGAACCAAUUCUGCAAGUGGAACACCAAGAACAUCGACCAGGAGGCCAUGGCCAUCGCUACCAUGGGCGGGCUGCGGUCGCUUCAGCUCUUCGCCAACCCUCUCAGCGACGACGGGCUGGCGGCCAUCCUUGACGGAUGCCCGCGCCUCGAGUCUCUCGACAUCCGCCAUUGCUUCAACGUUGGGAUGAGCGCUGCUGCAAUCCGAGCACGGUGUCCUGGGAUCGAGACACUGAGGCUCCCGGAUGAUUCGACGAUCGAUUACGAUCUGAAGUUCUCUCCCCCGGAUAUGACCCCGUGGAACACCCAGGACGAGCAUCAGUGUGAUUGGCACGAGUUAGUCUAUUUCAGUUCAUGGUAGUCUAGUGUACUGGUGUGCACCUACCCCACAAGAUACCGCUGCUGUAAGUAGGAGUACAACCAAAUGGAUGGGUUAAUAAUGGCAAUGAUACUUUUUUUGGUUCGUUUGAUUGUACCGACAUGCUCAUACACCAUUGUCACCCCUCUCCAGGAUAAGGAAAAGACUGGUUUAUAUUCUUUA